AUGGUCGCUGUGUCUCCACCGCGGGUCCUCUCCUGCGGACUCGCUGCAGCUCGUCUCCCCGUGGCCGCUGCUGCUCGCGGCCAGGCUCCGCGCACCCUGCCGCUUCCAUACCGGGAACGGGACUUCUGUCUGCCUGCCGUUGUCUGCUGCCUCUGUCCACCCUUCUCCCUGCCUCCACUCACGGCAUGCUUCAACGGCCUCACUUCAACGCUUCAUCGCAGCACACGUCGGCGGCCGCACACUUCAACGCCCACACGCUUCGCCGACGCCACUUCGGUGGCCGCACGCUUCGCCGACGCCACUUCGGUGGCCGCACGUUUCGACGACGCCACUUCGGUGGCCGCACGCUUCGACGACGCUUCGACGACUCCACGCUUCGACUCCUCCUCCACGCUUCGACUCCACGCUUCGACUCCUCCUCCACGCUUCGACUCCUCCUCCACGCUUCGACUCCUCCUCCACGCUUCGACUCCUCCUCCACGCAUCGACUCCGGCGCACGCAUCGACGAAGGCGCACGCAUCGACGAAGGCGCACGCAUCGACGACGCGCCCGGGCAUUACGCCACUUGA